CUCCCUAAUCCAAGCAGGAGAUCGAACGACCGUCACGCGGGGCCGGAGAGGUGGGUGGGGUUACGAUCGGAGACCACGAACCAAGCGGUGCGGCGAUGGAGGGUACAGACAAGGUCGACGUGGACGGGGUGAUCUUUUGCGGGGGCGGGGACGGGCCGGGAGACGCAGCGGAUGGAGAGGUGGAGGAGGAGGCGGGCGAUGGAUUCGAGGUAGCCGACAUUGGAGCUUAAGGGGAGGGAAAGGGAGGAGGAGGCGAGGCGGGAGUGAGAACGGACCUCGGUGUCGAGGAGGCGGAGGAGGGGGGAAGGCCGGAGCGGAGGAGGUGAUGGCGGACGACGAGGCAGCGGGACUCGGCUUCGCGGGUUUCGUGAACGCCGGUGGUAUUGCGGUGGAGGUCGGCUUCCGAAGGCAGCGUCGAGAUGGCGCUCCUUUUGUGACCCUCGUUUCCAUUUAGCGAUCCGACGCAACCCAACACAAACUCGGGUCGAGCCAAUUUGAUUCAAUUCGAUCCAUCGAAUCACAUAAAUGCCCCACGUCCCGGAUCGAGACAUGACACCACUAACGACACGCUUCGUAUACGGUAGUGUCAGUCGUGGCUCGAAUGGAUCCCCACAUGCUUUUGGCAGCUCGUGUGCAACGACGCCCGAAAUGCGUCGGGUCUUUCUCAUCCUUCACCGAACUUAACGGACUCCAAGAAACGUCACAUUUUGUUAUCACCCGAACGAGAACAGAGAAGCGGCGCUCUGAAGCGUUACGCGUUGCCUUAAUCUCAGAUUACAUCCCGGCUUAUACGAACUGCAAGUGAAGUAAGAUGGAUGCUGGGAAGCAGGGCAGCAGUUCAUUUUGGAGUUGGGAGGAGAAUAAGAAAUUUGAAGUGGCCAUCGUUGCAUAUACUGAGAACCAUCACAUUCCCAUUCCUUGGGAUAAAAUUGCAGCAGAUCUGCCUGGAAGAACCGUGGCCGAAAUCAAAGCCCACUAUGACGAACUAUUGGAAGACAUCUGCAGGAUUGAACUUUGUGCACUGUCUCUUCCCGACUGUGAUGUACCUGAGCAAUCUGCUGCUGGUUGUAGUGUUGCCAACAGAGGAAGUGUGAAUGAACCAAGGAGAGACCAAGAAGAGAUCAAGAGCGCCGCAGAGGGCAACCCUGGACAGAGGAAGAACACAAGUGACGACUCAUGCACGGAAAUACUUCAUCCGUCAGAAGACGAUGAACAAGGGCAGGAGAAGGAGAUCAAGGAUCCUUCUCCUUGAUCACUGGUUGAGCCUUUGGAGUUCUCAUGCCCUCUGCAAACCCUG